GCCCAAACAGGAAGCAGAAACAAACACAAGGAGGUUGAAGUACGAGUGAACAAAUCUUCCCCGCUUCACUUGUCCUGUAGUUUUAAAUAUAGCCGCAGGAGAAACACACUUAAAAUCAUUUUUAGUGCACAGUCAUUUUUUCCACAUGGACUUUUGACGGGUGAUAUAAAAGCCUGUGCACUCCUCUCUGAAGCGAUGAUCAUCGAUUAAUGGGAAUAAUCAGGAAUCUUGCCGCACAUUUGAUUGUAAUUCGUCAAAGUUUAGUUAGAAAUCAUCACAAGAUAAUCAUGUCGAGACAACUUCAUGCAAGCAGAACAGAGGGUGUCGAUAAAAACGUUUGGGUUGAAUUCACACAACUAGCAGCAGACUAUAAAGCAGUGAACCUCGGACAGGGAUUUCCUGACUUCUCCCCUCCAAAGUUUGUCCAGGAGGCUUUCUGUAAAGCUGUGAGUGGAGGGCCCCUAAUGCACCAGUACACCCGAGCUUUUGGUCACCCCCCUCUUGUAAAAAGUCUGGCUAAAUUCUUCAGUAGGAUUGUGGGACAUGAGAUCGAUCCAUUUGAAGACAUCCUGGUCACAGUUGGAGCUUAUCAGGCUCUCUUCUGUGCGUUUCAAGCUCUGGUUAAUGAAGGGGAUGAGGUCAUAAUUGUUGAACCGUUCUUUGACUGCUACCAGCCAAUGGUGAAGAUGGUUGGAGGGAAGGCAGUGUAUGUACCUCUGAGGCCGAAAGCUGAGGGCAAAGCCGUCCUGUCAAGUGGAGACUGGGUUCUUUCUGCAGAGGAGCUGGCCAGUAAAUUCACUCCACGCACAAAAGCCAUUGUUAUCAACACUCCCAACAACCCAUUAGGCAAGGUUUACAAGACGGAAGAGCUCCAAAUGAUCGCUGAUCUGUGCAUCAAACAUGAUGUGUUGUGCAUCAGCGAUGAGGUGUACGAGUGGCUGACUUAUGAUGGAACCAAGCAUGUAAAGAUAGCCAGUCUUCCUGGGAUGUGGGAACGAACCAUCACUGUUGGCAGCGGUGGAAAGACCUUUAGUGCUACUGGCUGGAAGGUUGGCUGGGCCAUCAGCUCUGGGCAUAUUAUGAAACACAUGAAAACCAUCCAUCAGAACACUGUUUACCACUGUGCUACAGCUGCUCAGGAGGCAGUGGCUCAGGGAUUUGAGAGGGAAUAUGAGCUGUUCGGGACUCCAGAGAGCUACUUCCAGCAGCUGCCUGCGAUGCUGCACCACAAGAGAAAGAAGCUGGCUUCGUGUCUGGAGAGUGUGGGUUUGCAGCCCAUCAUGCCAGAGGGAGGUUAUUUUAUGAUCACAGACAUCUCCUCUGUCAAGGUGGACUACAAUGACCAGAGCAGUAAGGAUGAACCCAAUGACUUUAAAUUUGUCAAAUGGCUGACUAAAGAGAAGGGUUUAGCAACAAUCCCCGUCUCCGCAUUCUACAGUCCAGAGCACAGCAAGGAGUUCGACAAAUACAUCCGAUUCUGUUUUGUGAAGGAGGACGCCACUCUGGAUGCAGCAGAGGACAUCUUGAGAAAGUGGAGUCAAGGGCAGUAAAGUAGUCCCUGAUAGGAGGCGUUACCCGUCCACUCAGACUUCACCAGGCCACUUAAAACCGCUUGGGUUACCUCAUCAGUUAAAACGAGCCAUAUUGAGUGUUUCUGUGUGUGAUUGCGUCACAGUAUGGUACUUAAAAGCCACACCGAUGUCCACCCUUACUUUGUCCUAAUACUGCAAUUAAAAUGUGAAAACACUCAAAAAUCCUUUUGAUUGUUCCUGUGCAAUGACUGUAAGCAGAAAACUGAUAAAGAAAAUAUUAAGAAAUAUUAAGAAAUAUAACUGUUUCUCUGUGCAGAUAUUUGUCUUGAAUUAAACUCACAAAAAAUGUAAUAAAACUUUUAAUAAAUCCAUAUGUUCGA